AUGAAUGUUAACAGGUUUGGUCGUAGUUAUAUUCCGGGAAAAGCUAUAGAGGAUGAUUUCAGAAGAGUGAUUAUUGAAAAAAUAAUAGCCGCGGGGGGCGAAAGAUCCACUGGCUAUAUUCCAGUGUGUAGAUCCCACUUGGCUACAAAUCUUACCAUUUCAGUGUUUACGCUGAACAAAAUAUGGAAACGUUUUUGCGAAGAAUAUUCAGUGUCAGCUUAUCCUACAGGAGGUAGUUUUCAAGGAAAAUUAACAAACGAAGAUCUCAAAUUAAUUGAAGUACUUAAGCAUGAAAAACCAUCGACGUCGCUUGCCGAAAUUAGCAGCAUCCUGCUAGAAAUGGGAAACAGUGCAUCGAUUAGCGCAAUAUCACAAGCGCUCAAAACAAGAAUGCCUUCAGGACAUCAAUAUUCGCGUAAGAAACUGACAAUGAUUGCUCGAGAACGCUUUACUCAAGACAACAUUCUUUACACUCAACUUUUUAUCGAUUAUCUUAGCGCGAAGAAUCCUUACAGAAUUAAAUUUUUUGACGAAAGCGGGCUCAAGCUACCAGAUUGCAGGACAAGGGUAUAUGGACACGCUCCUGUAGGAAUGAGAUGUGUAGAGCUUGUGAAGAAACGGGAAACUAGAAAUGUGACGCUCAACAUGCUUGUAUCUUUAAACGGUCCGGAAUAUUUUAAUCUUAUUGAUGGCGCAACGGAUACGGUUGAAUUCCUAAACUUUUUUACGGAGGCGGCCGAAGCUGUGAAUAUCUCUACUGGGAGACCCGCUCUCGAAAACGGAGACAUCAUAGUCAUGGACAACUUGAAUGUCCAUCAUUAUGAUGGUGGAACGAUUCUAGAAGAUUGGCUCAGUGAAAUGGGGAUAGAACUUUUGUAUACGCCUGUGUAUUCACCAGAUUUUAAUCCAAUCGAAAGUUGUUUUGGCAAAGUUAAGGCAGUUUUGAAUGGCCAAUUGCAGCAGAUUGUCCAAGAAAAUCUCAAGCUCGCUACCGUACAAGCCAUUGAAACAAUUAGCUCGAACGAUAUGAAAGGCUAUUACAAAAACACUUCGUACUUGUUUGUGUAA